ACCAAGUCAAUAAAUAAGUGGAUACUCGUCCCCAUCAUCCCAAUCUCCCUCUCGUCGUCGUCAGGACGUGGGUUUCUCCGCUCUGUGGAUCGUAGACCCGUUCCAGAUCCCAGGCUCCCUCACUGUCCGAGGGGAUAUAUCAAAACCUUCGCCACUAAAACUUAGAUAUCGACAGGGGAGGCGACUCUUGCUUCCUCCCUCCUGGUAGUGGCAGUGGUAGUGGUAGUGUCUAACUGCUGUGUGAUUUGGAGAGAAAGAGCUUAGCAAAGCGAGAUGGGGAAGAAGCGUUUCUUGUUGCCCGUCGAGGAGGUCGAUAUCUCUGCCGUCAAGUAUCAGCCGGAACCAAUCCAAGCUCCCCAUCUGACGGGAUUCAUGCUGAGACUUUUCGUUUGGCUUGUUGAAACUCCGCUGAUAGGAUCCCUCGUCUUGUCUGUUUUAAAGCGUCAGAAUAAUGUUACCCAGUUGCUAUGGAGUACCGUGAUUCCAGAGCCACCAAUGUUUCGACCCGAGUUUCCACCUCAAGAGCAAGAAUCUGGGAUCAUUGUACUGGAUGAAGAGACUGACCCUCCCAACCGUCUAGAACCAGCAUUGGAGUGUCUUACUUCUUAUGAUCCUUCCAAGCACUGGAACUCAGACUCCCAUUCUUCAUUUCUGUAUUGGACGAUCCGUGACUUUGCGCAUGCAUAUAGAUCUAAACUCACAACCCCAUCAGAUGUUGCAGAGAAUAUCAUUUCAGCGAUUGAAAACUCCAGCAAUAGUAAGACUCCCUUACAUCUAUUGAUCACUUUCAAUGCUGAAGAUGUGAGGAAACAAGCUGCAGCUUCCACACAGAGGUUUUUAGAAGGAAAACCCGUAUCUGUUUUAGAUGGCAUUUUUAUGGCAAUUAAGGAUGAUAUAGACUGCCUACCUUAUCCAACCAAAGGUGCAACAACAUGGAUGCACAAGGUCCGCGCAGUCAAGCGAGAUGCAUCUGUGUUUGCUAGAUUGCGGAGAUGCGGAGUGAUUUUUAUAGGGAAGGCAAACAUGCAUGAGCUGGGGCUUGGGACAACUGGGAACAACCCAAAUUAUGGGACAACAAGAAAUCCACACGCAAUUGACAGAUACACAGGUGGAUCAUCCUCCGGUCCAGCAGCCCUUGUAGCAGCUGGAUUAUGUUCAGCGGCAGUCGGGACAGAUGGCGGAGGUUCAGUUAGAAUUCCAUCUUCACUUUGUGGUGUUGUGGGCUUAAAGACAACUUAUGGCCGGACUGACAUGGAAGGAGCACUGUGUGGUUGUGGGACUGUUGAAGUUGCUUCUCCUCUUGCAGCUACGGUUGAGGAUAUCAUGCUGAUCUAUGCGGCAAUGUCAGGAUCCUCUCCAGAUGACAGAAUCAGUUUACAUCCGGCACCACUUUGUUUGCCCAAUUUAUCAUCACCUCAUAAUGUAGAUGCAUUGCAGUCUCUCAGACUGGGGAAAUAUACAGAGUGGUUUAAUGAUGUCAUAUGUACCGAUAUCUCCAAUAAGUGUCAGGAUGUCCUUAAUCAGCUUUCAGAUACCUAUGGAUGCAAAAUAAUGGAGAUUAUUUUGCCAGAGCUGCAGGAGAUGAGGACUGCCCAUGUAGUUUCAAUUGGUUCAGAAUCUCUGUGCAGCUUAAAUCCCGAUUGUGAAGACGGGAAAGGAGUGGAGUUAACACUUGACACCCGUACUAGUCUUGCACUUUUUCGCUCAUUUUCUGCUGCAGAAUAUGUUGCUGCCCAACGAAUUAGGAGGAGGAUAAUGCACUAUCACAUGGAAGCUUUCAAGAAGGUUGACAUUAUAGUGACCCCAACAACUGGCAUGACUGCACCUAAAAUACCUACAAGUGCUCUGGCAUCUGGAGAGUCAAAUUAUGAAGUAUCUGGUUAUCUAAUGCGAUUCAUAAUAGCUGGAAAUCUUCUUGGUCUUCCCGCAAUUUCUGUUCCAGUUGGUCAUGACAAACAAGGACUUCCAAUAGGCUUACAACUAAUAGGUCGUCCAUGGGGUGAGGCUACCAUCCUGAGGGCGGCAUCUGCAAUUGAGGAGCUCUGUUCAAGAACAAGGAACAGGCCUUCAACAUUUUAUGAUAUUCUAAGUUCGGUGGAGGUCCUCAAGUAGAUGUAUCAUGCAUCUACCAGGAUAUGUACUUGACACAGUUCCAAGUCCUUGCUUGCAAGCAAGUUUCUUAUAUUCCUAAUACCAUUGCCUUCGGUCAGCUACUGUUUGUGUGCUUGUCUUUUCUUGGAGUAAUGAUUUGAUUAUAAGAUGCAACUUAUCAUUGAUAUAUAAAGAAGCUUCACAGGCUGGUUAUUUAAAAUGUAAACAAAAAAGCUCAGAUGAAUUUCGCAUUGUGAAUCAGGACUUAAAGGCUGUAAUAAUGGCAUGUAUCAAGAGUAAAUUGUGUGUCUGUGUGUUUCUUUC